CGGUGGAGCGCGGGGAGGUGAGGCUAGACUUUCCUCGGCGAACGUCUGUGGCCAUGACUGCACAUUCGCGAAUGUGGUGGAUUUCUGAUCGUCGCCUUUGUUUCGCGUUAUUAUCGUGCGUUCGAUUCGAAAACGAGAAUAAUUAGGCGUUAGUUUGAUGGUGUCGAUUUAUGAUGCGUGUAAAUGAAAAUUUGUGCUGCAAAAUGUGUAUCUGAUCGUGCGUGUUGUGAGUUUGCGCAAAGGACGAGGCUCGAACCAGACACAGACAUCGUCCGGUCGCCGAGUAGCAGCCAGAAGUAGACAUGUUACGGUGAACGCGGGAUGUGCGUAAGUUGCGUCGAAACGGUGUGUAAAGUGAGUACAGUUUAGUUUAUUUACGUGAAAAAUGUGCGCGUUUCUAAGUUAGCGCGGAAAAGAUUGGCGCUCCUUUCGGGGGCGAUCGCUUUGGAAAGAUGAUGGAAGUUACGCCUCAUUUGAAGAGCGUUUUGAAAAACUACCAGCACAGCGCGACCAAGAGUUUACAAGGUCCGGGUCUGUCUUUGGUCGCGACCAAGUCGGAAUCGCCAGAUCUAAAAGAAGAGGAGUACGUCCAACCAGCUCCAUUGCCAAUCCAACAGCUUCCAAUAUUAACGACUGCCGAUACAAGUUGUAGCGAACGUACGGAAACAACAUUGGAAGGUGAGACGAUUUCGUGCUUCGUUGUUGGCGGCGAGAAGCGACUGUGUUUACCGCAAGUUUUAAACUCGGUAUUGCGCGAUUUCAGUCUUAUGCAAAUCAAUCAGGAAUGCGACCAGUUACAAAUCUAUUGUUCGCGUUGCACACCCGAACAGUUAAAUGUCCUCAAGAAUCAGGGAAUACUUCCGAGCAGCGCGCCGAGCUGCGGACUUAUCACGAAAACGGACGCCGAAAGACUUUGUAGUGCCCUUUUACAUUGUCAAGUUUAUCCUAGUUUAAGGCCGCCGAAAGGCACGCUCUCCUUUACCGUUUAUCACGAGUGCUUCGGCAAGUGUAGGGGUAUUUGCGUGCCCGAUCUUUAUACGGGCAAGGACGCAAGGUGCAUCGAAUGCAUGGACUGCAGUGGCGCGUUCACCCCGCAACAGUUUGUGUGUCACGUACAUAGAGACUUGGAGAACAGGACCGUGCAUUGGGGUUUCGAUUCGUCGAAUUGGCGUUCCUAUCUCCACAUUUGCAAGGAUCAAAUUGACCACGAGCGCCUUACCAAAUAUCUGGACGUCAUCAAGGACCAAUACGAUGGACAGGUGCCGUUCGCGGCCCCCGUCGUCGACACUAACGUUACCAACAUGAAAAGAAAACAGGUGCAUCACGACUUAGGACUGAUCAAAACGGAAAUGUUAGAUAUUCCGUUGAAGAAAAACAAACUAGAAGACUUCGCUCACCUCUCGUUCAACAUGCAGCAGUUGUACACGGCCGCCGCUUUGGAUCCCGUGUAUCUACAGUAUUUACACGAUAUACAAGCGAAUCGGCAUCACAUGUCGGCGUUCAAACCGUUCCCGCCGCUCGGCUUAAAGGAGAGCAAAAUACGAAUGGGCAUCGGCCGAUAUUCGGAUCCGCCCGUUCUGCAGAAUCCCGAACGGGUGGUGCCGCUAUCGGAGUCGAAGCGCUUCGAGCAGAGUUACCAGCCGAACGUGGCGCUGGCCCCGCCCACGCCGAAAAAGCUGCGAUACGGAAGAGGUGGCGAGAACGUUCAUAUUAAAGAGGAGUGCCCGGUGUCGCCGGUACUAAAGGAGACCGUCAUCAAGCACGAACGACAGCUCGAGGUGGUCGACAAGGUGACGGAACAGCAGCCGAGCGUGAUAGACACGACGUCGUCAGCGUCCGUCGUCCAUCCGACCGACUUGCCGAGGUACAAUUCGGAGAUCGAACUGUCGACCGACACCGACGACAGUGCGUCCGAAACGUCGGAGAAACAGCCCGACGUGCUCAAAAUUGAGGAGGCACUGAAAGGCGUCUGCGUCGACGUUAAAAAUAGAAUAUUAGAAUUAGUUAGAAAUAUUGCCAAAGAGCACGAAAACGCGGUUCGGGAAUGUCGAAUUAAGGACAAUAAAAUAUCGGAGCUCGAGUUCAGGAUUGCGCAAUUGGAGAACGAACGGAAUAAACUUGAGACGAUUAAACUAAGUCCCGUGUACAACGGCGUGAUAAGUAAAGACGGCGCUCCCGAACACAAACCGAGUGAAAUUUGCGAGGUCACGAUAAUAAAAGAGAAUCUUGACAGUUCUUCCAUUGUAAAUAGUGAGGUCGAGGAGGCGCACUUGAAAAGUGUUAUCACGGAAAAUCAAGCAAUAACACCAAAUAUGCCCUCUGAGUGAUCGUUUCCUCGCCGACACCUUCUUUUUCUUUUGUAAGUUGUACAUACGUUAGCCUUGUAAAGGUUUCUUUCACGCUAUCUAAUAGUCACCUUUGGAAAAAAAAGUACGAUAUUUAGAGGGUUUAUUUGUUUCGGAAAAGCUUGCGCUUGGAUCAGUCCAUUUCAAAUCAUCUAGAGGGCGCCAAUCGAAUUUGUUGUGUUAAAAACUUCCAUGUAAAAAAAAACUUUUAUACAACAAAAUACCAAAAUUUUUAAAAAGGGAAGUUUUUGAAGUUUAAAACUACAAAGGUAUCCAUUUUGGGUAAAAGAAAAACAUUGAAAUUUCACCGAUUGAAACUACAUUCUUGCUAAUGUUAAUGGUCUGUGACUAUUAUUAAGAGUUUUUUAAAAUGUGCAAAACAUAUAAUCUCGAUAAAUAAAUGAAAAAAUAACUAUAGGGCAGAUGGAAUGGGCUUGGUAUCAAACGAAAGCCUGCUUCAUUUUACAUUUUUAGAUUUUUAAAAUUUGAAUUUCCCACGUUACAGCAAAGUAAAGAAAAUGAUCUGGCCAAAUCGCUUCAAAUGUUCUCAAUGAUUCUCAAUUUCAUUUUCCUAGUGUUUAGAACUGAUUGAGAGACCGAGCAAAAGUUUUUUUUACACGGAAUUCUGACUACAGGGUUGAUUAUAAUGUGCUGUACUGGUUCACUGUAGCGAAAUCAUACUAUCAGUCAUGAGUCAUAGCUGCAAAUCAGUCGAAGCACAGUAAUAAAAAAACCAUUUAAUUAAUAAUUAUUUUACAAAAAUAUGCCUUUUACAGUGAGGACACUAGCGCCAAGUAACAUGUUAAUGUAAUUUUUGAAAAAUUCACACAAUCGCCUAGCAACCAUGAAAAUUAAAUUUGAUCGCGUGGUCUCUAAAGUGAGCGUCGCCAGACAGACUGAUCAUCUGCGAAAAAUUUGGUCCAUAUUGUGGACUUAAUAUAUUUUUUUUU